AUGGAUGCAACACCCGACUCAAAGCUUGGCACUAUUAUUUCCAGUCUGCCUGUGAAACGAGUUGCACCCAAAGACGUGAAUUUGCCCUGGCACCUGCUCGUUGCGCGCGACACUCUUGCGUACAGCAAUGAAACCCAGCCAUGCGCAAACGAAAUGACAGAGGACAAGCAGCGCGUGCUCUGCGAGAAGGUCAUGAGGAUCGCCUUCUAUAUCGUCGGCGUGGACCCAAAUGAUUAUCACGUCUGCCUAGAGGCCUGUAUAGAGAAGGCCGUGAACACCAAGCUCCUGUCUACUACUGCAUGGACCAGCUGGAGCGGACACAGAACCCUCAAGGCUAGAAUGAAGCUUGCCCAGCAAUAUACCGACUCGACGAAACAAGUCCACUGCCCUCCGGCGCCGCUGAUCAUGGCCGCGGUAGCGCUCAAGUCGAUCAGAAAAGUUGAAGGCACUGGAACUGACGAAACCACGAUACUGAUGGAGCAGUACAAAACUGUGGACAUGGCACCAACCGCAAUCCACAACUUUGUGGGCAACGAAGAACGUAUCGUUCGCAUCAUGUUCAAACUUGCCCUACCCACGACUGAGCAAAGUCACAAUAUCACCGAGUCACUUCGCGAAGUGAGUAUCGACGUGGACUCAUUCCGAUCCAGCAAACACUUUGAGCAUGGCAGACGGAGCAUUGUCGCCGCGGAUAACACAAUCGACGACAAGGAGACGCUGAAGGUGGAGGUUAUCUGCGAAAUGGCCAGAGAUCAGGCAGAAGACGAGCUCAAAGACAUACUCGACCUCCUCAGAAGCAAGGGAGACACCGCCGUAACGGAGAUGAUGGGAAAUCUCAUCAAGUUGCCUCACAUGAAGGUGCUCUCUCCAGCAAACAAAUUAUCCGUCUUUAAAUGGGCAAAAGCCAUAAAGCACGACAGAGUCCUCGGAAUGUUCGAAGUCUCGCUGGAUGACCUGGACAAGUACACCUGGACAGAGACAAUCGAGAAGCCCAUCUCAACAACAUGGUCCAACCACCCCGCAUAUACAAUCUGGAACGAGACAAGGGACCUAGUCAGCAAGAAAAGCGACCCCAAGCGCAUUCUGAAGAGGCUCGACAUGCUGCGCGAGACGCUCGUGCGCGAAGCCUUUGAGAAGCAAGAAGAGAGUAACAAGGCGCUGCCGGACAAUCAGACGCACGCAGAGCUGCUGCGCGACGAGAUUGCAGCCAUCAAGGAGAAUCUUGAGAGCGUUCAGAGACAGAAUGGGAGUCUCAAGAGACAGAACGAUGAGGUCAUUCAGUUGUUGAAGGACGAGAAGAGACUUAAGCCGACGUGCGUGUUUGAGGAUCACCUGGAAGGUGCUUGUAUUUGA